UUAGGAGAGAUAGAAUACAGACAUUUACAAAGAUACUAUAAAUCACGUACAGUACACUCAGCAGUCAGCCUUUAGAUUUACAUGUAGCCUUUGUUCCUCCAAACAUAAGGCCAUUUGUGCUUAGUGUCAAUAAAGAUCAUUUAAACUGAACAGAACUGGACUUAAUCUGGAGAAAAAGAAGAGAAGAGAGAAAAAAUGAAAAACAGAAAAGCCUGAGGCUGAGAGAGAGAAAACAGGAAAGAGAAAAAGAGAAAGGGGAGAAGGAAAGUGUGAGAGUGCAGAGAAGGAGACUGAGGAGAGAAAUAAAACGUGUGAAUUAGAGGCAGAGGCUGGAGGAGAUAAGGGAGAGAGAGGGGAGGGAGAGGACAAGUGAAUGGGAGAGGGAGGGAGGGGGAGAGAAACAGAGAGAGGCUCGCGCAGCAGCCGCUCGGGUAGUUUUGGCUCCGGAGACGCGCAGGACGCAGCGAACUGUCCCGGCUCCCCCUCGAUGGUUCACCGCAGCCCGGAGGAGGGACAAACCUUCCACCGCUGCCCGGAAAUCAGCGUCCAGGAGCCGCACACACUCUGACAGCACAGCCGGCGGGCAGCCAUGCUGAAGCCGGGCGACCCGAGCGGCUCGGCCUUCCUGAAGGUGGACCCGUCCUACCUGCAGCACUGGCAGCAGCUCUUCCCUCAGGCGCAGCUCAAGGCUCCUCUGGCCCCGCCGCCGCCUCCACCUGACCGCCUCUCCAUCCCCAUGGACAGCCUGCGCCCGUCCCGCCUGCACAGCCACCUCCUGGCCUCCACACACUGCACCUCCUCUUCUUCUUCUACAUCCUCCUCUUCAGCUUCCUCCUCAGCAGCGGCAGCAGCAGCAGCAGCAGCCGCCCUCACUCCAUCCUCCUCCAUCUCCAUCUCCACCUCGGCAGGGAUCUCCCAGCUGCCCGUCCCUCAGCAGAUCGCGCUCUUCGGUCAGGCGUUGGCCCCGGUGUGUGCUGGGCCUGGAGGACCUGGAGGAGGAGGAGGAGGAGGACCAGGAGGAGGAACAGGAGGGGACCUGGUGGUGGUCGUACCCCCGGAGAACCAGCAGGGUCAUAACCCAGCAGCGGGGCUUCUACACCCGGCCAAGGAGCAGAGCUGUGGAGGAGUCGGCGUGGUGUCGUCCAGUGUGAAGAGCAGCAGCAGCAGCGGACAGAGGAUGGAGAUCAUCCCGCUGAGCAACCACACGGGAGAGCUCAACAACCGUACCAGCCGGCGGGCAGCCAUGCUGAAGCCGGGCGACCCGAGCGGCUCGGCCUUCCUGAAGGUGGACCCGUCCUACCUGCAGCACUGGCAGCAGCUCUUCCCUCAGGCGCAGCUCAAGGCUCCUCUGGCCCCGCCGCCGCCUCCACCUGACCGCCUCUCCAUCCCCAUGGACAGCCUGCGCCCGUCCCGCCUGCACAGCCACCUCCUGGCCUCCACACACUGGAUCUCCCAGCUGCCCGUCCCUCAGCAGAUCGCGCUCUUCGGUCAGGCGUUGGCCCCGGUGUGUGCUGGGCCUGGAGGACCUGGAGGAGGAGGAGGAGGACCAGGAGGAGGAACAGGAGGGGACCUGGUGGUGGUCGUACCCCCGGAGAACCAGCAGGGUCAUAACCCAGCAGCGGGGCUUCUACACCCGGCCAAGGAGCAGAGCUGUGGAGGAGUCGGCGUGGGAGGAGGAGGAGGAGGAGAGGAAGGCAGCAAAGGAGCGUCGGCCAGGUUCAAGCUGACGUCUGAGGAGCUGGACUACUACCUGUACGGACAGCAGAGGAUGGAGAUCAUCCCGCUGAGCAACCACACGGGAGAGCUCAACAACCGCUGUGACAUGUGUGCAGACAACAGGAACGGCGAGUGUCCGAUGCACGGCCCUCUUCACUCUCUGCGUCGACUCGUCGGCACCAGCAGCACAGCGGCUCCCGUCACCCUGCCGGACGUCCCUGAUUGGCUCAGAGACCUGCCCAGAGAGGUGUGUCUGUGCACCAGUACCGUUCCCGGUCUUGGUUACGGGAUCUGCGCGGCUCAGAGGAUCCCUCAGGGGACCUGGAUCGGCCCGUUUCAGGGAGUCCCUCUGCUGCUCGACAAACUGCAUCCAGCAGCUGUCAGAAACAGCCGACACCUGUGGGAGAUCUACGAUGCAGAGGGGACGUUACAGCACUUUAUCGAUGGUAAUGAUCCCAGUAAGUCCAGCUGGAUGAGGUAUAUCCGCUGUGCCAGACACUGUGGGGAGCAGAACAUGAUGGUGGUACAGUACAGGUCCUGUAUCUUCUACAGAGCGUGUAUGGACAUCCCCAGAGGAACAGAGCUGCUGGUGUGGUACAAUGACUCCUACACUUCCUUCUUCGGCAUCCCGCUGCAGUGCAUCGCUCAGGAUGAAAACUUAAAUGUCCCAGCCACGGUGGUGGAAGCCAUGACCAGGCAGGAGUCCCUCCAAUCCUUCAACAAGAACGGCAAACCCUCUUCCUCCUCGUCUUCCUCCUCUUCCACCCCCUCCACCACCCUCAUGCGCUCCAUGGUCUUUCCUCAUUCACCUUGCCCGAGGAAUUUCUCCCUGUUGGACAAGGUCGGGGUCGGGGUUCAGUCGGACUCCAGUUACGGCCAGUUAGGGUCCAAGAACCAGCGAGUCCUGGCGAGCCCGACCUCCACCAGCCAGCUGAGCAGCGACUUCAGCGACUGGCACCUGUGGAAGUGUGGCCAGUGUUUCAAGACCUUCACCCAGAGGAUCCUGUUGCAGAUGCACGUCUGUCCGCAGAAUCCAGACAGACCGUACCAGUGUGGCCACUGCUCCCAGUCCUUCUCCCAACCAUCAGAUUUGAGGAACCACGUGGUGACGCACUCGAGCGACCGACCCUUCAAAUGUGGAUACUGCGGCCGCGCAUUCGCCGGUGCCACGACGCUCAACAACCACAUCCGCACGCACACCGGGGAGAAGCCGUUCAAGUGCGAGCGUUGCGACCGCAGCUUCACACAGGCGACUCAGCUCAGCCGCCACCAGCGACUUCCCAACGAGUGUAAACCUGUGAAUGAGAGCAGCGAGUCCAUCGAGGUGGAUUAACACCCAGACUGUUUACUGACCAACACCACGUCCACAUUAAGACUAAAUAUGAAAAUGCAUCUUUUUGUUUUGACUCUCCGUCCACAUGAAACCGCUGAUUUCCUCAAUGGAAUUUUUUUUUUCCCAUAGCAGAUUAAUCUGAAAAAGCCGACUUGAUGUUUUACCGGGACGUCAUAUCAAAAGCAACUUCAGCUGCAGCUGUAGUGACAGUGUGAGUGCUGCUGUCCGAGCAUUCAGUCCACACCAACAGUCCCUUUUUCCAGGAGCAAAACUACGGUGGCCCAGAGAGCUCAACACACUGCAACUCAAGAAAACACAUGAAAAUUGACAAGCAGAUUAUGAAAAGGUUUUCCCCAGUUUGACAGUACGUGCGCAGCAUUUAGGAAAAAUACUGCAAAUUGAGAAAACACAACCAAACACAGAAACACGCUGCAAGUUGCGUAACUGCCUAGAGUUGGU